GCCCCCCCCCCCUCCAUCCCUCCCCCGGCUCUGGACCCCUCCCACCCGGGGCGACUUGUGGGGGCCAGGGGGGGCCAGGGAUGGUGCCCACCCCCGGAGGACCACCGGGCUGGAAAGGAGCAGAGGGUCCACCCGGGUUUUGGUGCCAGAAGAAAAGAAUGAUUGAUGGGAAACAGACACAAGGCUGUAGACAUUUAUCCUUUUGCUCCGGAUACUGAUUUAUCAGCGCUCCUGGAUGCCCCUCGGGAUCCGUGAGCAGAGAGGAUCACUCAGGGUUAUUGGCAGUACAGUUGAAGAACCACCGCUUGGCUAAAUUAUCAUCUAAUCCUCGCAUCAUUUACAAAAGCAACAACAACAAAAAAACCCUCUUAGAGACGCAUUGUAAGACAAAGAAAGAGCUCCAAGCUCAUGUCAAAGGCUGACACUUGAGUAUGUUAGGCUUUCACCAAAGUACUAAAUUUACCCGAAAAAGCACUGCUCUAUCCUGACUGUUUCACCCCGCCCCUGGCUUUGGAUCCCGGACUGGGAGUCAUACACCUACCUAUAUGUAGAAUAUCUAGAUUCUGUUGAAACAAGCCCUGGUUCAAGUUGUCCAGGAGACUUCCCCGGGAUUUAGAAAUGUAUUUCUCCAGAUUCUUGUCGCUUCAUGCCCUUUGGGUCACCGUGAGUUCAGUGAUGCAGCAUUAUCCAUCCGUGUGGGGACAUUACGACGUAUGCAAGACUCAGAUUUACACGGAAGAAGGGAUAGUUUGGGAUUACAUGGCCUGCCAGCCGGAAGCCACAGAUAUGACAAAAUACUUGAAAGUGAAAUUGGAUCCCCCUGACAUUACCUGCGGAGAUCCUCCAGAGACGUUCUGUGCGAUGGGAAACCCCUACAUGUGCAAUAAUGAAUGUGAUGCAAGCACCCCAGAGCUGGCACACCCCCCCGAACUGAUGUUUGAUUUUGAAGGAAGACACCCCUCCACAUUUUGGCAGUCUGCUACUUGGAAGCAUUACCCCAAGCCUCUCCAGGUUAACAUUACUCUGUCUUGGAACAAAACGAUUGAGCUCACAGAUAACAUAGUUAUUACCUUUGAAUCGGGGCGUCCAGACCAAAUGAUCCUGGAAAAAUCUCUUGACUAUGGACAGACAUGGCAGCCCUAUCAGUAUUACGCCACAGACUGCUUAGACGCUUUCCACAUGGAUCCCAAAUCUGUGAAGGAUUUAUCGCAGCAAACAGCCUUAGAGAUCAUUUGCACAGAAGAGUACUCCACGGGGUACAUGACAAAUAGUAAAAUAAUCCACUUUGAAAUCAAAGAUAGAUUUGCAUUUUUUGCUGGUCCUCGGCUUCGCAACAUGGCUUCCCUCUAUGGUCAUCUUGACACGAUCAAGAAUCUUAGAGAUUUCUUUACCAUCACAGACCUGAGGAUAAGACUGCUAAGGCCAGCUACCGGGGAAAUAUUUGUAGACGAGCUACACUUGGCACGUUACUUUUAUGCAAUCUCAGACAUAAAGGUACAUGGAAGGUGCAAGUGUAAUCUUCAUGCCACUGUCUGUGUCUUUGACAACAGUAAAUUGUCUUGUGAAUGUGAGCACAAUACUACAGGCCCAGAUUGUGGGCGAUGCAAGAAGAACUAUCACGGUCGUCCAUGGAGUCCUGGCUCCUAUCUGCCCAUCCCAAAAGGCACUGCAAAUACCUGUAUUCCUAGUAUUUCCAGUAUUGGUAUUCCUUCAAAGUUUAAUAGGAUAUGGCCGAAUAUUUCUUCCCUUGAUGUAUCUAAUCCAAAGCAAGUUGCUCCCAAAUUAACUUUGUCAACAGUUUCUUCUGUUCAAGUUGCAAACCACAAGAGAGACUGUGAAUGCUUCGGCCACUCCAAUCGGUGCAGUUAUAUCGAGCUGCUAAAUACAGUCAUAUGCGUGAGCUGUAAGCACAACACUAGAGGGAAGCACUGUGAGUUAUGCAGGCUGGGCUACUUCAGAAAUGCUUCUGCAGAGCUGGACGAUGAAAAUGUAUGCAUAGAGUGUUAUUGUAAUCCUUUUGGCUCAAUCCAUGACCGCUGUAAUGACACAGGAUAUUGUGAGUGUAAGGAGGGAACAUCAGGGCCUAAAUGUGAUGAGUGUCUGCCUGGGAAUUACUGGCUCGAGGGCUGUCAACCAAAUGUGUGUGACAACGAACUACUGCACUGCCAGAAUGGAGGGACAUGCCACAACAAUGUGAGGUGCCAGUGCCCGGCCGCCUACACUGGCAUUCUGUGCGAGAAGCUCAAGUGCGAGAAGGAGACCGGGGGCUGCAGUAUUCGUUCUAACCAGGCGGCCCAUUCCCAGGCUCCGCUCUUACUGCUGACUUCUCUGCUGGGAACCGUGGGGCCAUACCUGCUCUAGGCUCCUAGUGGCCCAUGGCCUCGAGUUCAGCUGGCUGGCCGGACUGUGGAAAAGGAAAAACCCAACCUAAGCAUUUGCUACUAACUUAGAAAAUUACUGACGCACACACACGCACACAAACACACGCGCGUAUAUAUCUAUAAACUAAGGAGGCCUAACUGAACUAAGCCAUAUUUAUCCGUUGUGGACGGCAGUUCGAGUCAAGACUGUUAAUUUCUGACUCAAGACAAGUUGGCAGCCGCUGAUAUUAUUACUACAAAUCACGAUGACGGCUGCAGAGCUUAUGCUGGAUUGAAAAGGCUGUGACAGCCCCCAAACAGGAAAAAAAAAAAAAAAAGACACACAAAAACAUUUGCUCCUCUAAUAUGGUGCGCUUCUGUACCUCUGCCCAGUGUGUGGACCAACCAAAUAGAGGCAUUCUUUGCUGUCAGUGCAUUGUGGAUAUAAGGAAAUCUGUUAAAGCUGCCAUAUUGGCCUGCUUCAGUCCCUGAGUCCUUCCCAACCUGUGCUUUAGUGAACGUUGCUCUGUUACCCUUGUUGGUUGAAAGAUUUCUUUGUCUGAUGUUAGUGAUGCACAUGUGUAACAGCCCCCUCAAAAAAACAACAACAAAAAAACACAAAAAAAUCCCCAAGCCAGUUAUAUCCUUGUAUAUCUUAGCAGCACUGUGUCAACCCCAGUGCUGAUGCACACCUACUUUUCAAGAGUGGCUCUAGGAACAAAAAAAAAAAGUGUAUUUAUCCUUUUGUAUUCAAAUGAAGUUAUUUUUCUUGAAAUAAUGUAAUAUGUAGAUUUUUGUAUUAUUGCCAAUUUUAGUUUAUCAGACAAUCUGUUCAUGUAUUUUAUCCUAUUCAAAUAAGAAUUACAUUUGAUUUUGUCCUUUUUUUGGGUUUUGUUUAAUUGUGCAGAGAUUUCUCUGUAUGGGCAACGUGCUGGCAUCAAAGAAUAUCAGUUUACAUAUAUAAAAAGUGUAAUAAGAUUCCACCAAAGGACAUUCUAAAUGUUUUCUUGUUGCUUUAACACUGGAAGAUUUAAAAGAAUAAAAAUUCCUGCGUAAACUA